AUGAAGCAUGAGAAUGUAGUAAUCUGUGAAAGCGCAAAAGAUUUAAACGAACUAGCCAUCUCAUUGUGUGAAGGCAACAAAAUAUCGCUAAUUUUCACAUCCAAAACAAGCUUUGUUCCAACCAUACAAACUAUUUGUUCCAAAAAGGAGUUUAUAUUCUUUACCGAAAGCAGCAGCUACUUUGAGAUUGUUACUGAGAAUUUUGAAUCAUUUGACGCUUUUAUUUUUGUGAAUAAAAACUUAAACAGUUUUGAGAAAGAGUUGUUUAGACAGAUACAAGCUAGGUACGGAAAGAAAACAAUUCAAAUACUUAGAAACCCAAAAUGA